AUGACAAGAGUACAGAUUCGAAGACUCAAAAGUCAAGUUGCCCAGCUGCAAGCUAGACUUUUGGAGAAGGAGCAAGAGCUGACGGUGGAGCGUGAGAAAUCAGGACAGGCGGAAGAGAGAGCAAAGGCGAUUGAAAGCCAUCGCGAUAAAGAAAACGACAAGUUGAACCUUCUUCUGGAAGGCUUCAAAGAGUCUGAGAUCAAACCUUGCAGAGAUGUAAAUUACAUCCGACGCCUCCAACAAGAAGUUCAGGCAGAAAGAGCGUUGAGAUUAUCUGCUGAAAACAUGCUGAAGCAAGCAAAUCGAAAAAUCGAAUCUUUGGAUAAAAUUAUCAACGAGAAUGUGCAAGCAUGGAUGAUGUUGGAAGCUGCUGUGUGCGAGAAGAUUUCAAACACACGAGAGGGCACAGCCAGUGAGGCCUUUUCAACACCCUCCGUGACUAAGAUGGACAGGUGGAUCAACCACAAAGGUUCUUCGCGAACUUCCCCGAAAUGGAAUGAGACGACGAGCAGCUCAGUGAGCGAAGAGAAGCGGCGCGAACAUGCUUCCGCAUUGCCGGUGGACGAUAUUUGA